AUGACGACAUCAUCGUCAGAAGGUAGUGCUGGUGGUGUUCAUGAAGAAACUUCGAUGACAUUGACCUCAUCAUCAACAGCAGACAGAAGAUGCUCUCAAGAUGUUAGAAAACAUUCACAACAUAAACAAGAAAAAGCAAUCGUACAUGAUUUGGAGUGCGCCGCCAAAGAAUUCCGCGGCAAAAUGAGUGAUCAAUUGAAAUGUCUCGGCGAUCGCACGGAUGUUCAAAUGAGCAGCCUCUCCGAACUACAGGACUACUUUCGAAAACGAGGAGAAAUCGAAACUGAAUAUGCUUGUAAACUGGAAAAGCUGUCAAAAAGUAUAGCACAGAAGCACAAAUCAGAAAGAAGUCGAAGAGAAGGUUGGCCUCAGCACACAUCAAGUACAGUAUGGCACACGCUUGUUGAGCAGACAAAAGAAGAAUACAAGAAACGACAGUCUCUAGGAGAGCUGUACGGAAAACAGAUGACAGCUAGCAUAGAGACAAGAUGUGAAGAUCUGGCGAAAAUCUCGAAGAGGUGUAGAGAAAUCGGAUCAUACUCCCACAAUGAAUUGAAUCGAGUUCUGACAGAGCUUCAAACAGCAAUGAAAACCUAUCAACUGUGUUAUGCAGAGAUGUGUGGAAUAGAGAGAAAAAAGAGAUCAGCAGAAGAAGACGUCAAAAGAUACGAAGACUCAAACCCUGGAAAGUAUGAAGGAUCCAGAAGGCAUCGAUCACUCGUGAAGUAUUUUAGAAGAAGAGAAGAAAAGUAUGAGGUUGUUCGAUUGAAAUGUACUAAGGCCAGAAACGAGUAUCUUCUGUGUGUCAAAGCAGCCAAUGCAGCGCUGCACAGAUUUUUUGCUCAAGAUUUGUCAUAUCUUAUCGACUGUAUGGAUUUGGGUAUGGACUUUUGGCUUCGUGCUCUUCUUGAAAAAGUUAUCGAUGAACGAAAAAAGAUCACCCAACACGAAAUGGAUUCUCUGGCGAGCCUGAGCACUCUCCGAUCUUCGGUAGACGUGAAAGCUGAUAAGCAAAAGUUUUUCGAAGCUAAUCAUCAGCUAUUCAUGCUUCCGAAACAGUUUGAAUUCCGUCCUCAACUUGGCGAUGAUGUGAUGGAAGUUUCUGCUGAACAAAGUCUUUCAGCUGAUUUACUUCAACGACAACUUCAAAUAGAGAAAAGAUUAGAAGGGUUGCAGUUUGAAGUUGAUGAAGUUUGGAAGUCAUUAGAAGCUUCAGAGAAACAACUGCUCCAGUUGUAUAACAGUCAGUUUGAAGGUGACGCUGGAAAAUGGAGAAACGAUUUGCACGUUACUUAUCAAUAUUAUUUGAAGAAAUUCGAGCAUUUUCUACUCAAUGGAAACCUCAUGGAACGUUUGGAAGCAAGAAGUUCUUCAAUUGGUGAAGCUCUUGGUAAACAUGGAAUCUCACUAAAAUCAGCAUCUGUCGGCUCAGCCAGCGAAAAGAAUGGAUCAUUUUCAACUGAUAACGGAAUGAAUCAAAACCAUUAUUUAUUAGAGGAGAGGAGAUCAAAAGCUAAACGAAUUGGUGGUAUUGUUGUUAAAUCUCCUGAUGACAGACCUCGCCCGAAACUGUUUGGUGGAAGUCUAGACGAAUAUGUGGAAAUGACUGGGGAGGAGAUUCCACUUCUCGUUCAGUCUGCUAUUGCGUACCUCUCUCGUUACUCUUUACGAAAUCAAGGACUUUUCCGUGUGUCUGGAUCACAAUCAGAAAUUAAUAGAUUCCGAGAAGCAUAUGAACGAGGAGAGGAUCUGUUUCAGUACCUGGAUGAUGGAAGUGAUGCUAAUUCAGCGGCUGGAGUGCUGAAACUGUAUUUCCGAGAACUUCGUGAGCCAAUAUUCCCGAUAUUCAUGUUUGAACAGUUUUGCGACUGUGCAAAAGCCGAAUCAUCGACCGAAUUUGUCAAGAGAGCUCGUGAACUUAUCUCAAAACUUCCUCUAUCACAUGUUCUACUUCUUCGUUUCCUGUUCGCUUUCCUCAGUCAUCUUUGCGAAUUCGCUGAUGAAAAUAUGAUGGAGCCGCAUAAUUUGGCAAUUUGUUUCGGACCUACACUGUUACCGAUUCCAGAAGGAAAAGAUCAAGUAUUUUAUCACAAUUAUGUCAAUGAGCUAGUUCGGAAUUUGAUAGUUCAUGCUGAUGAUGUUUUCCCAAGAGAUCUUGCUGGUCCCGUUUACGACAAAUAUGCAAUGCAGAGGUAUACGGACGGAAACUUUAUUGAGGAAAACGAUCUGGUUUCUGAAGACGACGAUGCUCAUGACAAGCUCUCACUUCCACAUGGCAGGCAUAUGAUAGACUCGACAUACGAAUCAGCCGACCGUAUUCUUUUCUCUUCUCCAAUCUUGUCGCAUGCGAACACAGCUACACCAAAUGGAAUUUCACCUGCCAAUGGAGCUGGAUCAUCAACUCAUAACGAAAUUGAUUACGCUCCGAUCCCUUCAAGUCGUUCGUCUAACCGAUCAAAAGCUGAUUCUGUUGAUAUGGCAAUUCGUAGUGAAAUGCCUCAUCGAAUCGCCAAUGAGCUCAAUAACAUUUUCAAAAAUAGCUCAUUGUCUUCUGAUGGUUCGAAAGGCAUUUCGGUUUUAAGACAUUCGCAUAUUGAACCUAGCGGGAAUGAACACCGAGAACACCAUAACUUGAGAUCCAUGAGCACUGAUCCAGAUGAUGAGCGAGAAUAUGUUUCUCCUCCACCACCACUAACAUCUACUCAAUAUAUGUCUGCUGCUUCUUGCUCAAUUAGUCCGGCAAUCAGAAACACCGAGAUUACUGAACGACGAGACUCUCGAGAAGCAAUGUAUGCCCCAAUGGUAAAGCAACGAGCAGCUACUAUCCCGGCGAAUAACGGAAGUACAACGGAAAUUAAUGCGACUGGAGUACGCCCAGUCGGGAAAUCUUCGCUGAGAGAUCAGCUUCAGUUGAUAAGAAAAGAGAAUAGCAUUGAUAUAAAGCCAUCCACAUCUCUUAACGGCUCUAUCAAGAAAGCAGACACUGAUACAACAAUACUCGACGCUAGGAGUACAGACAAAAGCACCGAGUCAUCCAGAAGAACAAGUCUAGAAGAUGACCGAAGUCCUGAACCAUUUGCUCAACCUGAUAUCAUCAACUCGGCUAGACCACGAGGAAAGUCACCAACCCUAGAUGACAUCCUGAAUUCGUUGAAAGUGGCGACAAGUCUGAGUCCUUGA